AUCGCGCGCGGCUACUAUGAUCUUGCAUCCAUUACGGUCGACUGUGCUUGCGAACCAUGUGCACACCCGGACGAGGCCCUACACAUGCCCACACCCAGGUGCACUCCGUUGUGCGCCGCAAACCAAUUGUGCAAUGAUAAGUUGCCACGCAGAAUCAUUGGCUAGGAACCAAAAGAUACGGGGAUGAGUUGUCAUUCAGACUGACCGUGAGGGAUGCCAGCACAACGCGAAACUUAUGCCCGAACGACAGAUAGUUGCGGGGAAAUCCAACUGGCUACACACUCCACGUCACGCUAGACAUUAGCUGCGGAGAAAUCCGACAAGCUAUACGAUGAACUCCGCGCCACGGUAUAUAAUGUCGUGUUCCAACCUCAUACCAUACUACGGCAAUGUCUCGCCCUGAAACAGAUCUCCUGGACUCAUUGUCAACCGAACUCUCUCAACAGCUCAAGGAUCACGUAGAUCAAACCCUACUCGAAUCCAUACGGCCAAAUUAUACGUCUCAGUUCUCUCAACAUGCCCCCGAGUUGGCAAAAUUUUGCGAAGCUAUCGCGCAGAGGGACUCGAAGGAUGAUAUCGACUUCCUACGUAGCUUCCGAGAAUUUGUUCCCACUACAAACUACGAACCGUACAGGCCAUUCAUAGCAAAAUUCUUGGCUACCCCUUGCAAGGAGGCUGAUGUCGAAAACAUGUUCGCCCCUGGACUGCCCUACUUCUUCGCCAUGUCCAGUAUGACAACUGGGACAACGGUGAAGAUAUUCCCAAAGUAUCGACCUCCCCCGCACCUCUUGCAGCACCCUUUAUUUCUGGCGCUUCCCCCGUCAGAGGGUACCGCGUUAUCGCCAUCUUCUUUGAAGUAUCGGCAAGUCCUGGAAAUAGAGUGCGAGGACGGUCAGAGCUCCAAGAAGGUGACGGUCUGCUCGUUGAGCGUCGGUUAUCUGCGAAUGGCAAUGAACUGGGACGUCGAGGGCGAUAAUGAUAGACUCGAUUUGUGGCUUCCGGGGCAAACGGAUCCAUAUGCGAUGUCCUUAAUCAACAGCUAUCGCGGUUACUUUGUUCUGAAUGCGCUAUUUGCAUUGGCAAACCGUGGAGUGACCACCGUCCGCUUCUUCUUUGCCAAUAUAUUCGUCACUUUUUUGCAAUACGUAGAGGAUGAAUGGCCUCUGCUGGUCGACUGUAUCGAGAAGGGUGUCAUCCCGGACAUUGAAAACUUAGACUAUUUGCGUGCACCUUUACAGAAACAUCUCACUCCAAACCCUCUUCGUGCUGCCGAACUUCGCGAAAUUGGGCCUCCUGGCAUUCAGGGCUGGGCGGUCCGUGUGUGGCCUGACUUGAAUAAGUUCAUUGGGAUCACUGGCGGUCCCGCUGCUGCUUCUGUUCCAAAGAUCAAUCACGUCCUCGGACCUUCUGUUUCCAUCGAGGCUCCUGCGUAUGGCGGCACAGAAUGUGUCAUCGGCGUGACAUACCACAAAGGCAAUCCUAAUACCGACUUCAAGGUAGUGUUCGUAGAUGGGAUGUCCGAGUUUCUGGACGUGCGUUCCCGUGAGCCGUCGGAGCGUGUAUUGUCCGCUUGGGAGCUUGUAACUGGAGGGCAUUACGAGCCCGUCGUGACGACCCGCAAUGGCCUGUGGAGAUACCGCAUUGGUGAUGUCGUCGCUGUCAAAGGCUUCGAUCCAGAUGACGGGUUGCCUAUCAUCAAUUACCUUCACAGGCGAGAUGGCUCGCUUGGGCUGGCAUUUGGAACAACGUGUACAGAGUCGCAAUUGACGAACGCGAUCGUUUUUGCCGCUAACCGAUGGAUUGGCCAAAUCAUGGAUUUCACUAUCGUAGGCGACGAGCGAGAUACGCCUAUUACCUAUGGGUACUUGGUAGAAAUUGUAGGAGAAAUAGGAAAUGACGCCAGAAUGGCGCCGCAGCAGACUUUUGAAGACCUCAUGGUGGCAAACCUUGAGUAUUAUGCUGCUUUUUGGCAAGGCAGGGCCAGAAAGCCAACCAUUCGUCUCGUGGAGAAAGGCACCUUUUCAGAAUAUCGCAGGCAGAAAAGCGAUAAGAGCGUCUCGAUUGGUCAGGUGAAAGUCCCCGUUGUCCUAUCCGAUUCAACAUAUACGGAAUGGCUCCUGAAGAGAGUGAUAAUGGAGCUGUAAAAGAGUCUAGUCCAAAUUCGUACAUUCCUCGAGAGAUGUCAGACGAGAUUUCAUGGCAUUAGUUUCUGUGGAUGGUAUACAGAUUACUUUCGAUGUUCAUGGCGCCGAUGAAAUCUCGAGGAGUAUGCCAGCUGGCCGGGGAACUAGGUCGAGCCGAUACGCUCACCGUGCGCCAGUGAAUCAUGAUGAAUCAAUGACAUAUAGACGAUUGCCAAUCCCACAAGAUCGGUACAUUGUGCACACCAGCA